GCCCGAACACAACAAAUCGUGACGACAUUGCUAUUUUUGUUUUUUGUUUUAAAAUUUCACCAGAUUUGAAAACAAUGUCGGACGACCUCGCUUUUCUGGACCAAUUGUCCAACAAGGAUCUUCUAAAGAAGUGCAAGGAGCAUGGACUGCCCGAAGUGCCUGUGACGGACAGCACCCGUAGUGUUAUAAUCCGCCGGCUGCGAAGUGCGAUCUCUGGAGUUCCUUUGAACAAAAGCAAGUCUGCUGUCAAGAAGUCAGCCCCCAGGCGUGAAACCGUACACGUUAGCGCUCCAACUGCGGAGCCGGUGCGUCGAACGGCGGGCAAAAGUCCAGGUCGUGAUGCCAGCACCAACCUUCGCCGCACCAUUGCCCACACACCGGACAACAUAUCGCUUUCUGGAAGAUCUGUGCAGACCACAACAACGGUGUCUGAUGUGGGAUCCCAGUCGGAGGACGACGACUAUUUCAUGGUUGAUUCCCCAAAAGUGGGAUACUCUCAGGCGAAUCGAACUCUUCCCAAGGAUGACAGGUCGCUAAAACGCUCCGCUUCACUGACCAAAUCGGGAGUGCUGACCACAUCAUACACGCGUGAGGUGGACCAACCGCAUUACGAACAGGAGAAGGAUGAUGACAUUCCAAACAGCUACACAUACGAGAGGCCACAUGUGCCAGCUGCUCCUCGCCAUACGCUGCCAGUUUAUGAACCUCGCAUCGAACCUUCUAGCUACAAACGCUCCGAUUUGGGUUUCUCGCGUCCGCUGCUUACGCAAACCCAGUUAAACUCGACAAGCUACCAGGAAUCGGAGUACAACCAAUCGCGCUCACCAGUUCUACCUCGAAAUACCUUCAGUGGUUCAGCCCAGCCCUUUGGACGCACGGCUCCCGCUCCGGCGCUUCCUCGUCAGCGUCAAACUGCUGCAGAUAGUGGUUUGGGCUUUGUCAGGGGUUCCUUGCUCCAGCCCACAACCACUUUGAACACCCUGUAUCCACAACUCAAUCAGUUCUACGAUCAGACGGACAACGCUCCAGAGCCCAUGGAAAUUGACAGCGAAAGUGAGGAAGAAGCGGAAGUGGAUCCUAUCAGAAGCAGGCAGUUGUCACGCUCUCGCUACUCGCCGACGGCCAGACCGCAGGCUAGGAAGCCCCUAGGGCGGGCCCAGGAUCAGGUGUCUCCGAUGGCGCAGUUUCGUCAGCUCUUGGUAUCCCUGGAUCAGAAAUAUCACAUCAAGCUCUACUUUUACGCAGUAUUGCUGUCAAUGGUAGCGUCUUUUAUCUAUGUUAUUGUUACCCCUAACGCUUAAGGGAGCUAAAUGGUUUCCCAUUAACAUAUUCUUUGGAACUUUGGAACCUUCAGAUUUAAGUUUUUUCGAAUUACU